AUCGCCAUUACAUGGCAAUAUUUGGCGAUCUUUUUAGACUUUCUAAACAAUAUUUAUUAGCAGGGUGUAAGACUGUGUCUUAAUUAACACUAUAAAAAUAUCAUAAUUUCAAAGCAAAAUGAUACGUUGCUUAAUGCAAUCCAUUCUUGUUGCUCGAGAUCUUUCAUUGCAAACGUACAAAAAAUGUUUAUAUCGCUCAACGAUGAAACUGGCAGAUACGUUAACAAAUACUGAGGAAAGAAAAUGUGUGCCACUCAAUUCAAAUGACGUAAUAGCCGCCUCUAUGACGCAAUCGCAUGUAAUUCCAACGGUAAAUGCAACUGUAACGUCAACACAAACGAUGCCAUUAUUGGAGACGGCAAAAUCUGAGACAGCCAUGGAAAGCUUUAAAAUUCCUACAUCCAAAGUUGUGCCACGUGUUCGUAUAGAAAAAGCACCAUUACCAUUUGAGGAGAUUCCUGGCCCAAUGAUUCUGAAAUUAUGGGAAAAAUAUUGGAGAUACGUGCCACUCUUGGGUACGCAACUGUUUUGCAGUCUGCUAAUAAGCAGACUUACCCAGGGACGAUUAUCCUGGAAUCGCAAUAUCACGCCAAUCAAGUACUUGUUUGAUGAAUAUGGGUGCAUCGUGCGGAUUAACGGACCGCUUGUGAAUGAUAUAAUUAUGAUUCACAGGCCUGAGCACAUAGCAGAAGUUUUCAAACAGGAAAGCGAGUCACCUAUUCGUAGUGGCAUCGAUAUCCUUCAACAUUACCGCCUUAAUCAUCAUAAAUAUCGUUCCGCUGGAGCGUUUUCUCUACAAGAUUUGGAAUGGUUGGAAGUGAAAAAGAAAAUUAAUCAGCCGUUGCAUGAGACUAUUUCCGAUUAUAUUGGAAAAUUGGAUUCAGUGUGUGACGAACUUACUAAUAGAAUUCGUAAUAUACGUAACCGUCAAGAUGAGGUACCAGCAAAUUUUCAUCGAGAACUCACAGCAUGGGGUAUGGAAUGCUUCUAUAUGACGAUGUUCAACAAACACUUUGGUUUUCUUGAUUCUACCUCGAAAUCAGCCUCUGAAGCUACAAAAAUUAUUAAUGCAUUAAUCACGGCUCACACGUAUAUGAGUCGCUGCGAAACUGGAUUUCAGGUGUGGAGAUUCUUCGAAACUCCAUUCGCUAAAAAACUUUAUGCAGCUUGCGACGUUCUUGACGAAGUUAUUGGAAAAUAUAUUCGUCAAACUCAGAAUAAACUGCAGACUUCAUCACUGUCAAAGCAAGAAAAAUUUACGAAUGAAGAGAGAAAUUUACCAUUACUCGAAAAAAUGAUGAUUCAGCGUAUUCAUCCAAAUGACAUUUCUAUCCUCUUGAUGGACACGAUUAUUCUAGGCGUUCAAGCUGUCAUUAAUUGCGAAGCAUUCCUACUUUAUUUCCUAGCGAAGAAUCCUAGAGUACAGAAACGGUUGUAUAAUGAAAUAAUCUCUGUUUCAUCUAAAACGUCUAAAGAAUGUACUCAGACAAAAGAAAGUUUGGAAAAUAUGCCAUAUCUAAAAGCAUGCAUAAAAGAAAGUCUUAGGUUGCGACCAGCAUUUCCCUAUUUAACAAGAUUAUUAUCGUCGGCAAUUUCGUUACAUGGAUACACGAUACCAAAAGGAACUUUUGUCAUAAUGGCAAGUCAAAUAACGUCACAGCGUGAGGAACAUUUUGAAGAUCCUGAAAAAUAUCAACCUGAAAGAUGGUUAAAUCAGGAUGAAUAUGCGUAUAAUGAUUAUCAAGAGUAUUCGUGUCUACCUUUUGGCUAUGGUGUACGAUCCUGUCUGGGACGAAAUAUGGCUGAAAUACAAAUGAUGUUACUUACUGCAAAAUUGGUACAAGAGUUCACAAUCGAGUAUGAUUAUGCUGAGAUUCAAAGUCGAUUUCUUAUGAUAAAUGUACCAAAUAAAUCAUUACGUUUUCGAUUUGUAGAUAGAAAUUAAAAAAGAAAAAGAAAUAUGGAAUUCAGAUUAAAAGAAUCUGAAAAAACAAGAUAAUUAUUAGAUAUGAAGAUGUAUCUUUCCUAUAAUCAUAUAUAUUAUAAGAAUUAUUAUUGCAAGAUUACCUCUGUACAAAAGCUGUAUGAAGGAGGAAAAAAACUUAUGUAUUAACCGUACUAUUUUCUUAUGUCAAAAACUACAUAAUUAUUUUAUUAACAAAAUAGCUUAGAAGUUACAGUAAAAUAUGUAUUUAUGU